CGUGUAAAACUGUCAAACCGUCCUAGCCAGUAUAAUUGAUUUCGACAACAUUCUUUUUUACGUGAUUCCGUGGACAAAAUGGUGAAAGUAAAGUGUUCGGAUUUGAGAACUAAAGACAAAAAGGAGCUCACCAAACAGCUGGAUGAGCUCAAAAUUGAGUUGCUUAAUUUACGCGUCUCAAAGGUGACGGGAGGAGCCCCCUCAAAGCUUUCCAAAAUACGCGUGGUUCGUAAAGCUAUUGCCCGUGCAUACAUUGUUAUGCAUCAGAGACAGAAGGAAAAUUUGCGAAAAGUUUUUAAAAACAAGAAGUACAAGCCUUUGGACUUAAGAAAGAAAAGAACUCGGGCUAUGCGGAAGGCUCUAUCCCCUAGAGACGCAAACAGAAAAACAUUAAAGGAAAUUCGCAAACGAUCGAUUUAUCCAAAACGCAAGUUUGCAGUUAAAGCAUGAUCAGUAACAUCAAUUAAAAAUAAUAAAAAGUAGAUCGGAAAUAA